UCCUUGAGCAUAAACCCCAUUUCAAGAAUCACCUUUUCUUGUCUUCUCAGCAAAUUAAAGGGUGCAUUGCUCUGAAAUUAGUUUGUGUAAAAAGUAAAACCCAGAACGAAGAAUCACUACUUCUGGGCAAUUUCACAGUUUGAUAGCAGUGAAAAGAUCCGAUCGAUCGAUCUUUAUUCCCAGACAGACUUGUAUAUAGUUUGAAUCAACACAAGAUCCGUUCUUUUCUAGGAAAAAUAUAAUAUAAUGUUUAGGAUUGGGAUUUGUUGUUGUGUAUUAGUGGUUUUGUUAAGUAGUGGUGUUGAGGGGUUGGGGGUGAACUGGGGAACCAUGGCGAGUCACAAGCUGCCGGCGAAGACGGUGGUGCAGAUGCUGAAAGACAAUGGGAUUGAGAAGGUUAAACUGUUUGAUGCGGAUCAGUCCACAAUGAGUGCUCUUGCAGGGACAGAUAUUGAAGUCAUGGUGGCCAUACCUAAUGACCAGCUUCUUGCUAUGAAUGAUUAUGACAGAGCUAAGGAUUGGGUCAAACGCAAUGUCACUCGCUAUAACUUCAAAGGAGGUGUCAACAUCAAGUAUGUUGCAGUUGGUAAUGAGCCUUUCCUCACGUCUUAUAACAACUCAUUCAUUAACACAACCUUUCCGGCACUUCAAAACAUUCAAAAUGCUCUAAAUGAUGCCGGAGUCGGGGACAACAUUAAGGCAACAGUACCGUUAAAUGCUGAUGUGUACAACUCGCCUGAAGACAAUCCUGUACCCUCUGCUGGUAGAUUUCGGCAAGAUAUCGGUCAACAGAUGAACCAGAUUGUUCAGUUCCUGCACCAGAACAAUGCGCCCUUCACGGUAAACAUAUACCCCUUCUUAAGUUUGUAUGCGAACGAACACUUCCCGGUCGACUUUGCGUUCUUCGAUGGGGCGGCCAAUCCGAUAGUGGAUAACGGGAUCCAAUACACUAAUGUGUUUGAUGCCAACUAUGAUACUUUAGUUUCGGCCCUAAAGGCAGCUGGGUAUGGCGACAUGCCGGUUUUGGUUGGGGAAGUGGGAUGGCCAACGGAAGGUGACAGGAACGCCAAUGUGAACUUGGCCUAUAGAUUCUACAAAGGACUUUUACCGAGACUAGCGGCCAACAAAGGAACACCCCUUCGGCCCGGAUACAUGGAGGUAUACUUGUUCGGAUUGAUUGACGAGGAUAUUAAGAGUAUAGCGCCCGGUAACUUUGAGCGCCACUGGGGGAUCUUCAGGUACGACGGGCAGCCAAAGUUCCCAAUGGACCUUACGGGGCAAGGACAAGACAAACUUCUCGUGGGGGCGCAAGACGUGAAAUACCUCGCAAAUAAAUGGUGUAUGCUCAGGCCGGACGCCAAGGACUUGGGCAAACUUGCGGACAACAUUAACUACGCCUGCACGUUUUCAGAUUGCACGGCGCUUGGAUACGGGUCUUCGUGCAACGGGUUGGAUGCCAACGGGAAUGCAUCAUACGCAUUCAAUAUGUACUUUCAGGUGCAGAAUCAAGAUGAGUUCAGCUGCAACUUUCAAGGUCUGGCUAUGGUGACUGACCAGAAUAUAUCUCAGGCAAACUGUAACUUUAGCAUCCAGAUAGCCACCUCCUUCUCACCCGAGUUGUUGUUGCCGGGGAUAUUGGUGCUUCUAGCAGGCUUUGCAGUUUUGUUGUUAUUAUGAUCAUCAAUCUCUCUGUAGAUACUUCAUUCGCAGUACUAUAAUUUUUUUUAAUGGAGUCAUUGUAUUUCAUACUGCUGGGAGUAGAUACUGUUGAUUAUUAUUAUUAAUAAAUUAUGUUUUUUUUUUUUU